AUGGCUACUGAAAUCAUCCAUGCCCCAAUGGAAACUAUCGAUAGCCUAGGGACGGGCAUUGACAAAACAGAGCCGAAAGCGGGUGCAGAUGAACUGCUACACUCUUCAAUUCCACAAGAGGCGAAAAGAAUUCUCGUGGAAUGUUUGGUGGGAAAUGAAAGCCUCGCAAUGCCACAGGUGGUCGUUGAGGGUGCACCAUACGUCACCUUCACUCCAGAAAUUAACUCUUUCAUGCCCACUCCUAUGAAAAUGACCGAGUCCGUCUCUGCUAUAUGGGCGUGCAUUGGCUUGUUCGCUGCAGCAAUUUUACAGAGACGAUAUGAUAUUCAGCCAAGCCUGGAAAUUGCAGUGGAUGUACAGGCGGCGACCCUGAUGCUUUCGUCUUUGGUCUUAUUUGAGAUCGAAGGAAAGGGAAUUGCAGAUGAGGAAGUCAGUGCAAGAGCAGCACAUCUUGACAAAGGCCGUAUAGGUGAAACGUAUCGUGCACUCGCGACGAACAUAUACAAAACCGCUGAUGAACGAUGGUUCCAAUUACAUGGCAGCCUGGACACGACGCCCAUGCUUGAAAUGCUCGGGCUGCCGCAGCAUCAACCGGCGUUGAACGGACCAUUGAACCGAGAUGCGAUAAAAGACAUAUAUAAAACCACAAUAGCGAGGUGGGACAGCCAAAGCCUCGAGACUGAAGUCAAUGAACGGUGGCGCCAGCCUGGAGUGACCUGCCUCACAAAGGAGGAGUACGCAGCAACAACGCAUGGGAAAGCGAACAUCAACGAGCUAUUGUACAAGGUACACCCAAUUCAUGAGCAACUGCAACCAACUCCCUGGCCACAGACCGCUACCGGCCAACAACCCCUGUCGGGCAUCAAAGUGCUUGACCUCACUAAGGUGAUAGCUGGCCCUACGAUAACCAGAGUCUUGGCUCUACUAGGGGCUGACGUCCUACGCGCGUCCUCGCGCACAAUAGCCGACGCAACAUUUGCUCUGUUUGACGGUCAGCUGGGCAAGAGAGAUACUGAUCUGGACCUGAAAACCAUUCAAGGUCGAGCAGCACUCCAGAAGCUUUUGGAAGAUGCUGAUGUGGUCGUCGACGGCUUCAGGCCAGGUGUCCUGGACCGACUAGGAUUUGGGACCAAAUGGGCUCACGAGCUGGCGAGGCGGAGGGGUCAUGGCAUCGUAUACUGCCGAGAAAAUUGCUAUGGUUGGAGUGGAGAAUGGAGGGAUCGCGCCGGUUAUCAGCAAAUUAGUGAUUGCGUAUCAGGAGCAUCCUGGGAACAGGGCAAAUUUCUCGGCCUCGACGAGCCAGUCGUACCAUUACUCCCAAAUUCAGACUACCAGACAGGGUUACUCGGAGCAGUGGCGAUCAUGCAGGCUCUUCUCCAACGAGCGUCUGUUGGCGGAUCAUAUAACGUCGAAGUCUCUUUGACUCAAUUCAACAACUGGUAUCUUCGGGACGUGGGACUACACUCUGAAGAAACACAGGCAUAUUUACGAGCAUUACACCCCGGUUUCUUGCCGCGACACGACAUGGACAUAUUUGAAUUGAUCACCAAGACCGUAGAGGCCACAAAGACUCUGCGUGAAUGCGAUGCGGGCCGCCUCUGGGAUCGGGCGAAGUUCGCUACAGGGCCAAUCAGGUGGGGAGGUCCUGAAGGCGAAAUUGCUACUUACCUUGACUGGCGGAAGAUUGUGACAGUCAAACGCGAGAAUGAUGAGAAGCCCUUGGUCUUGUUUGAUUUUAAGAGUGGCUCUUGCCUUCCAGGUUCGGACGAACCCAGAUGGCUGUAA